AUGGCUGAGAACACCUUUGAAUACGAACUCCCCGAUGGCUACAUACUUGUCCUCGGCCCAGACAAUCGGGACUACAUUGUUCCAGAGUUCAUGGCUCAGUCUUUGGAGCAGGCAUUAGCCGUUCAGCUUGCUAAAUCAAAUAUCGGCGUUACCAAAGCUUCGGGAAUCGACCCUGCCGCUAAGAACACUCAAAUCUACAACACCUUAGGAGGGAAUCUUCAUGUACCUCCAGAACCUCCGUUGACCGAUCAAGAACGAUUGUCCCUUCAUGCGGAAGUCUGUAGCCUGCAACAGCGUUUGGGAAUUUCCUACAAGGAUGCUGCCCACCGACUGUACCUUGCCGAGGUGGAGAAAUUACAGCUGGCAAAUACUCAUCGCAAGGCUUUAGGCGCAUUAGAUAGGCAUAUACGGAAGUCUCUACAGUUUAUUGCAGAACGCCAUAGCGUGAACGAGGGGCAGAAAAGCGGUACCAAUGAUAAGCAACAGUAG